CCUCCAGGGCUCCCUGCUCUGGGGCCAUGCUCAUGCUGCUUCUCUGUGUUCCGCAGAGAUCCAGAGCCAGGGCAGCAAAGCGAGGGUGUUCGGCGAGAUGCUGCACGUGGACAUACCCUUCCCUAUUCCUGAGCCUGAUGGAUGCAAGUCUGGGAUCCAGUGCCCCAUUCAGAAGGGCCAUUCGUACAGCUACCUGAAUAAACUCCCUGUGAAGAGCGAGUACCCCAGCAUUAAACUGAUUGUAAAGUGGGAGCUGGUGGAUGACCAGGACCAGAUGUUGUUCUGCUGGAAGAUACCAGUGCAGAUCACCAGCUGAGGAGCCCUGCCAUUAGUAGGGCUUGGGGAGGGGAAAAAUAGAAGACAACACAGGCCAAAUCCUUUUAUAUAAUAAGCCUUUCUUACUGCUUCCUUCGGAGCUCUGCAGCCUCUGAGCAGCCAGUACUGUGUUUCUACAAGGUCAGCCAUGGGCAGAGGGGUCUUACCCGCUUCAGAGUCCCCUGGGGUGUUCUCACGGCAGCUCAAGGGGGAGCAGUGUCUGCUGCAGGAGUGACAGCAUCGUCCUCCAGCUGCUUGCAGAGGCGCUUUAGUUGUUUGACAUGGAGCUCUCUGUCCUCACAAAGGAAUUUCUCUCUGAUGAACCUGGCUAGUGUCUGAACUGCUACUUGGUAAACCCUUCAGUGCCUCUUCUAGAAUGCCAGCUGCAUCCACCCUUCCGCACUUCUGCUCCCUUGUGACUGGGAUGCCCCUGGGACCUGCGUUUGCCAUCCAUGCAGCCGAAGGAGAGGGAAGGAGAGGCGACUUUCCCUGAGCUGGCAGCCUGUUCUGUCCUGGGCCCCAGCUCAAGCCAGCAGGACUGCAGCUGGGAAAACUUUUUGUGGAUGC